AUGGCUCAAAUUCCAGUUGUGUACGGUGAGUGGAAGAUUAAGGAGAAUUCAUGGCAUUUUGUUGUUGACAUGCGCAAAGGUGGAAGAAUGUGGUUUUUGAACGAUGGUUGCACCUUUGGGCAGCUUACUGAAAUGGCGCGAGAUGAUUAUAACUUCGGCAAGAAGACUGAGAUCAUCGAGUUAACCUACGCACUACCAGUCUCAAUGUUGCAAACUAUGGCUCCAGAUACACCUCCAAUGCAUGUCACCAAUGAUAGACAAGUUUCAAGCUUGAUUGCGUUAAGCAGAGUACAUAUGUUACGCCUUGGUGUGUCCUGUCGAGUGGAGAUGGAUACUGAGGAGAACCAGGAAGGAUCAGAUGAAGAUUUAGGUGAGGAGUCUGAGGAAAAUUCAGAACAUUCUACCGAUGAUGAGGCAGACAGUUCUGAUGUGAACGAGGAUGGAGAAGAUGUCGACGAUGCAGCUUACUCUGACGGAGAAGAUUACAGUGUCUACGGUAAAGUGAAAGAUGAAGAUGAUGAUGAAGAUGAAGUCUGUAUUGAAAAGGUCAGAAACCGAUAUGGUGAAACAGGGAGCACGCCCAUGUCAUGGUCUGAUAAUAUAUAUGUUAGGGCAAAUUUUCCUACAAAAGAGACGCUGUUAUCAGAGGUUAGACUGACUGCCAUAAUGUUAAAAUUUGCUUUUAAAACACAGAAGUCUACCAAGACCCUGUUUGUAGCUAAAUGUCGAGUGGAAGGAUGUGCAUGGAUGGUUAAAGCGAGCGUGAAGAAUGAUGCAUCCACUUUUUGGGUGACAAAAUAUGUGAAAGACCACACAUGUUCAAUAGCCCAUCGAAUGGCUCAUCGUGGGAAGUCUACUUCUAAGUAUAUUGGCAAGUUGUUUAUAAGCCAUUUAGGCAUCAUUGAUGGACUUACACCAGAACAUGUCAGAGUUUCAAUGAAGCAUAUGUUUGGCAUCAAGAUGGAUUGCACUACCUCUUACAGAUCUUUGAUAUAUGCCCAACAAUUGGUCAGGGAAACAGCUGAAGAUGGAUAUGCGAGUCUCCCAGCUUACCUACAUUCAGUGAACAAAGCCAAUCCGAGAACUGUAUCAGCUCUUCAUGUAGAUUCGAAUAACAAAUUCAAAUAUCUAUUUCUCGCAUUUGGAGCAUCGAUUGCUGGUUUUCAGUACAUGAGAAGAGUUAUUGUGGUUGAUGGAUGUCAUCUAACAGGGAAAUACGAGGGCACUUUGUUGGUUGCCACCGCACAAGAUGGAAACUUUCAGAUUUUUCCUUUGGCCUUUGGAAUUGUUGAUGGUGAAGAUGAUGCUUCAUGGGAAUGGUUAUUUUCUAAACUGCGUGAAUGUGUCUCAGAUGGUUAUCCUUUGGUGAUAGUUUAUGACAGACAUAUUUCUACUAAGAAAGCUUGUGAAACUAUUUUCCCAUGGGCAAAACGAGGGAUCUGCUACUACCAUGUACAACAUAACAUAGUAACAAAGUUUAGGGGGAAGCAGUUGCUGUAA